GAAGCAGCAGAGCAACUUUUGAGAGCAACUCUGCUGACUUGGGUUCAUUCAGAGCUCCGCCACUGUUUGUGUUGACUGCUCAGAGUCCACGAACCGUGGUGUCUUGCUUACAUCUGGUGAAGAUUUCUUCAACCUUUCCCCCGUCAUAACGAACAGUUCAUGAUGGCAUACCACAGUUUCCUACUGGAACCAAUCAGCUGUCACGCGUGGAACAAGGAUCGAACCCAAAUUGCUCUGUGCCCUAAUAACCAUGAAGUGCACAUCUACCAGAAGGAGAGAUCUGGCUGGAUGAAGAUCCAUGUGCUGAAGGAGCACAAUGGCCAGGUGACAGGCAUUGACUGGGCCCCCGAGAGCAACCGUAUCGUCACUUGCGGCACUGACCGCAACGCCUACGUGUGGACCCUUAAAGGCAGCAUGUGGAAACCCACCCUGGUCAUCCUGAGGAUCAACCGCGCUGCCCGCUGUGUCAAAUGGUCCCCAAGAGAGAACAAAUUUGCUGUGGGCAGCGGCUCGCGCCUCAUCUCCAUCUGUUACUUUGAGCAGGACAAUGACUGGUGGGUCUGCAAACACAUUAAGAAACCCAUUCGCUCGACCGUUCUUAGCCUGGACUGGCACCCUAACAAUGUUCUGCUGGCAUCUGGGUCUUGUGACUUCAAGUGCAGAAUCUUCUCAGCAUACAUCAAGGAGCUUGAGGAUAAGCCAGCUCCUACACCGUGGGGCUCCAAAAUGCCUUUUGGUGAAGUUAUGUUUGAGUCGAGUGGUGCUGGCGGUUGGAUCCAUGAUGUCAGCUUCUCGGCCAGUGGAAACCGUGUGGCUUGGGCCAGCCAUGACAGCACUGUGGCCAUAGCCGAAGGGGGGAAGACCCCUGUGGUUGCCAGCCUGUACUUGGAGACCUUGCCCCUUCUUUGCUUAACAUUCAUCACUGAAAACAGUUUGGUGGCAGCAGGCCACGACUGCUACCCGGCUCUCUUUGUCUAUGAUGCGGAGAGGAGUACCAUCACUUUUGGCGGGAAGUUGGAUGUGCCCAAGCAGAGUGCGCAGCGCGGGAUGACUGCCAGGGAGCGCUUCCAGAACCUGGACAAGAAGGCCACUGCUGACAACAAGGAAGCUGUGCUGGAGUCUCUACACAAGAACAGCAUCAGCCAAAUUUUGGUUCUUGAGGGUGACAAGGCCAAGUGUACCAAAUUCUGCACCACAGGCAUGGAUGGAGGAAUGGCUGUUUGGGAUGUGAAGACUCUGGAAUCUUCUAUGAAAGACCUGAAGAUUGUUUAACUCAGGUACAAUCAAUAGUGCAGCAGGAGAUCAUUCUAUAUAUACAAAUAAAUAUUGACACAAGCAUGUUAAAAUGAUGCCGUGUGAACUUAUUAUUUUAAUUAGGAAAAGAAAAUACUGUUAAAAGUUUUAAAGUUUUCUGGACAUUGUUUUUAUAUUACUGUAAUGUAUGAAUUUGACACAUAUGCUGGUCAUACAGUGCUUUCAAAUAAAUGAAU